UUUGAGAUGGUGGAGUGUUGGAAUUGACUCAUCUGGUCAUGGGAACCAUUUGAAAUUUCAAGAAAUUCACAAAAAUGGACAAGUCCUAAGGCUGAUAUUUUUUGGAGGCGAUGGAAUGACAUUUUUUUCAUUUUAAUUAGACACACGAGUCUUUCCAUUAGUCAUCAAACCGGCAUCUACUGCUAAAAUAAUCGUUUUUGAAUUUGAAUGGCGGCUUCAAAAAUUGAUCGUUCAUAACAAGAAAGUCAGCUUAAGUCGACCAAUUAAUUUGCUUCGAUGGCUAAUGAAUCGCGGCUUAAAUGUAAAUCAGCUUACAUCUCUGGACCAAAUAUUACAUCGGUCAAUGAAAAAAUAUUCAAAAAGAAAAUAAUUUUUUGGGUCGAAUAAACUAAGUUUCUCUAAAAUUUAGCCGAUCAAUAUUAUAGUCCAGUUCUAGAUUUUCUUAGUCGAGCCGGAUAGGCGCCGAUUCCAAAACGUGAUUAACCCAUUCCAAAAUAUUGUUUCAUGUUUUAUUGUAAAAUCUCAUCAUAUUCUCACAAAAAAGUGCUUAAAAAAUUAAGAAUAUUUGAGAAAAUAUAUGAGGAAACGAAUUUUUGAUCGGUUGAGCAACCUACAACAUGGGAUAGUCUAGUAUUUUCGGAAAUGCUAGUCGAUAUUAAUUUUCAGUUCGCGAAAUCGAUGCAUCGAGAACACUUCUUAACCAUGACUCGAGACUCCCGGCUUAAAUUUACGAAAAAAAAGUUGAAAUCGACUAUUAUCGAGUGAUAUUAAUCAUUCGACUUUGUUCCGAUUUUCUGAAUAAGAAACCUCCUCAGAUCAGUCUCGUUCAGACGACUUGAAGCUGAAGUAUUUUUAUUAUAAGUAAACGUAUGCUUUCAAGUGAUAUAAAUCUUACAAUAGGGUUUUCUUUGCGACUCCUUGGUAGUCAGAGGUAAUACCUAACCCACUGAGUAAUGGAAUUCAAGUUCUCCUCUCAGAUUGAGCCUAGAGAAAAAUAUCUUGUUCUGCAAAUUGUUAUUAAUUUAAAUCUUAUUUCGCCAUACUUUUUCCCGUGAGUAUUCACUUUAAAUGAAUAGAAUACGUCCUACAAUCAGUAGAUCAAUUAGGCGUAAUUAUAUAAAAAAAAACUGUAUUGAUUUUUUCCUGGAUCUAACCGCGUUGUCAUCACUUCUGGUAAUGAUCGAUUGUUCAUUUUCAUUCCUUUUUCUCCACUUCUGUCAUACAUAUACAUCUACUACUGAAUCCACUGAACGCGAAUUUAGCCUUCGUAACUUCCGUGAGCAACCACUUGCAACUUAUUUAACACUAGAUUUACCAGACCAGUCAUUUUGACUGGUCGUGCAAUUUCAAUUUAAAAUUCCUACGACAUAUUACAUUUGCUUUCCGAAAUGAUGUUAUGACUUUUGUAGCUAUAAGUAGAAAAAACAUUUUAUAAACUUAAUGUUACUUAAUAUUUAUUACUAACAAAUAUAUUUUUUUGUUAUUGACAUUUAAACCAGUACCAGUCAAACUGACUGGUGCAUGUUUCUAUGAAGAAAUGUAUGAGAGCGUUUUAAUUUCAACAUAUUUUGACAGCAAUUGUCAGCCCCUGAAAAUGUUCUGCAUAUUUAGAAAAUGCAACCAGCAUACCUCUGGAAUGUUCAGAUGUGGAAAGUGAAUUAUACGACAGCGGCGAUGAUUUGUUAGAUAGAAAAAUUGAUUCUCAAGGAAGUGAUGAUAACAGUGCUAUUAUCGAGAGUAGUGAUGAGGAAAUUCCUGAUGAUGACAAUAUAGAUGAGCCAAGCGACAGUGGUUGCGUAAAAAUUCCAAUCAAGCGUACCAAAUCAGCAAACUGAAAUUGCUUUAGACGGAACUAUUUGAACGAGAAUUGAAGAAGGAGGUGUUGCUGGUAGAUUACUAGUUCAUAGUAAUUUCAAAGAUGUACACGGUCCAACAGCACAUGCUGAAAGAAAUAUUAUGAACGGGAAUCUAAGUAGUGCGUUCCAAUUACUGAUUGAUAACCAUAUUUUGGAACAUAUACGAAUUUGUACAGAGUUAGAAGCCUCUCGAGUUUUGGAAAAAAGUGGACAAUUACACAAGAAAAAUUGAAGGCAUCUCUUGCAAUAUUGUGCGCGCGUGGGGCGUACGAAGGAAAUAGCUUCAAACAGGGGAUGAACUUAUAUUACCGGGGAUAAGCAACUUUUUCCAUCGGAGGCCAGAUGCAGAUUUACUCAGUAUUUUCCAAACAAACCCCAUAAAUUUAGCAUAAAAUUCUAAUUGGCGUCUGAUGUAGAGACGAAAUAUGUGAUAAAUGGCUUUCCUUAUUUAGGAAAAAGCGAGACUCGAAAUGCAUCAAUCCCCCUAUGCAAAUUUGUCGUAAUGAAAUUUCUUGAACCGUAUACCAUGAAGGAGCGUAAAACUGAUAUUUUUUACAAGUAUUCCUUUGGCGUUAAAAUUAAGAUCUCAAAAUACUUCGUUGCUUGGAACGAUACGCGCUUCUAUUGGCAACCAGACAUAUUUUGGCGUCGAUGUCACUGAUCGAAUGGAAAUCAGGUUCCAGAAGGUGACCACUUCAACUGUUUUUCAAUAAUUUAGUUUCAGCCGGAAGAAAUAGCUGGAUAUUGAACAAAACAUAACAGGAGAAAAUAUCUCACGAGAAGACUUUCUGUUUCAAUUAGCAAAAGAACUUGCUUCAGAAUAUCAGACUUCAAGGCAAAUACCACACGAAGCUGAUAUACCAACUACAAAUGGCACUGUUUCUGUACGCAAAUGGUGUCAAAUAGAAUAUUUUAAUAACAAUAAGACUACAAAUAUUUGCAAUAAAUGCAAAAAAAGUCUAUGUAGAAAGUGUAUACACUGCAAAAUCUAUUGUGAGCAACAAACUGUAAACAAUUAAGUGUUUUGUUAUUUGACAAUGUCUAUUAGUCCAUUUAUCUAUCACAAUUAAUAUUGUUCAACUUAUUUUCGCCAUUUGAUAAGUAAUAGUACAGACUGGAACCACAAUAUUCAUUUUUUCUUAUACACCAGUCAUUUUGACUGGUGCUGGUAGAAAUAGGUAUAUAUAAAUAGCUGGUAAAUCUAGUGUUAACACGGGGUCGUUUCCAUACUAGGCGGUACAGGAUAGUCCCGAUCUUCUGAACAGACUUGAAUGAACUAAAAACAUCCGUAGCCGAUCGAGUCAACUAGAAAAAUAAGCUAGCGGCGGUCGCCGUUGGCCCCAUUUUUCUUGUUGAAAAAAACCGGCGUCGACAUUUUCAAAUAUGGCGUCGACCGCCGAAAUUUUUGACGACAGAAGUGUCUGUCUCCUGGUCUGCUAUACAUUUUCUGUAGGCGUUAAGAUCAACACUGAAAAAUAUUUCGACAUAAAAAAGCGCAAAAUAAAAAAAAUACUAAGUCAGCGCUAUUAUCUUAAGUCACCAAAGUGAAGUUGUGUACUCUAGCUUCUUCUUCUUCUUGGAUGGCACUACCGUUCCAGUGAAACUUUUGCCUUCUCAACGCAGCAUUACUUGCGUCAUUUUUAUUAGUAGUGCUUGGUUGAGAUUUCUAUGCCGAAUAACACGCCUUGAAUGUACUCUGGAGGGGCAAGCUCUAGAAUACGCGUGACCACAGUGCAAGCCGGAAGAAUUUUCUUUCACGAAAAAUCCCCCGACCAGAACGGGAAUCGAACCCGAACCCCCGGCAUGAUAGUGUGGGACGCUAACCACUCGGCCACGGGAGCACGUACUCUAGCGCCGAAUCGUAAUGAAAAUAUUCGGUGGCGGAGUUGCGCCGUGGCGAAUUUUCGUUCGGCAAUGAAACGAUUGCGAUGAGUUGUGAUGAUAUUGAAAGUGGAAUACAGCUGGAAUCCGACGAAUGCAUGGAAAUUGAGGUAGGUUCAGUUUGUAUUAAUCUAUGACUUCAGUAAAAAUUUUAUUACGACAAAAUUAAUUCAUAAUAAAAAUUGCGCUUUUUUCUGUGUGGCAUUCAUACCCCUGAGUUCACUUUUUAAAAACAUGAAUAGAAACUAUUGCUACAUGUUCUUUAAAUGUAUUAUUAAAAGAGCUUCUGAAUGUUUCCACCAGAACCCAAUGAUAAAUGGGUCUGAAAAGUUGAACGAAUUGGUAUGAAAAUAUGGAGAAAUUUGCGUUAGUGAUACUAAAGCCUAUGAUCAUAACGCGAAAUCCAACAGUCACAUAAUUUCCGUUGUUUCCUAUUAUAAGAAGAGAUGUCGACCAGGAAUAUCAUUUCAUAAUCAAAAGGGAUGAAACACGGUACGUGGAAUGGAUUCAACGGAUAAAAAUUGAAAAUCAUCCGGCUAAGCAGUUUAAAUUUCAGCAUGUCGAUAUUCUACUAAGUAAUUAUCAUCAAUUUUCACGUAUUAUUUUUUUCAGAAACAAAACGUUUAACUAAACUAUUAAUUUGUAUGGCUCGAACCUUGGCGAUGGUAAUUGAGGACAGGUUAAAAACUCUCAAGCCAUUAUUGUUCACCUGUUCAACACAAACGAGCAGCAAUUCAUUUAAUCCUCGACGACCAAACGAUUUUCUCCGGCAGCGAAAUUGAAAAUAUCGACAGAUCAAGAAAUCAUGUCUAUAUAUUUUUUAUCUGCUUCUAUAGAAAUUUCCCACCCUAAUUAAAAUAAACAUUAGAGAAAAUCAAUUUGAGUAUUUUAUGCGUCUGAAUAAACCACAAAAACGUAAACAUCGAUUAAAUUUUCUUCUACGCUUCAUCUGAUUCGCUACUCAAAAGUGUCGUUUGACUGACCGAUGAAAAAACACUUUCGUACGAAAACGAGGAUAGGGCAAUUCGUUCGAACGAACGAUGUUCGAAUGUUCGAACGGAUAGAUUUCUUUCGUACGAAACCAAGGAUACGAAUGAGGCAUUCUUUCGAACGUUUUGUGUUCGUUCGAAAACAAGAAUAAGGGUGUUUAUUUUUUUGGUUCGUUAAGUUAGUGUAUAGAAUAAUAUUAGGUGAUUAAUAGCAGUAAUAGACGAUAAUAUCUACUGUUUGCGCCACGCGGAGCGAGCGCAUACGUGUUGCGACAUGACCUGUCAUUCCAUUGCAUCACCCAGAGACGUGCGAAAGUGAGAUGAAAGCAGUAUCAACACAACAAACUAAUAUCACCCGAGCUAACCGAGCGAAGCCGACAGGACAAACACCCCACCAAUUUCAGGGAGUAUAAAAGUAGCAGAGCAGCAUAUGAUCCAUCUUUAUAAGUUUUUAUUCACCACGUGUAUUUAGAAACCAUUAGAGAAAGUUAUAGUGAAAAUUUGGACUUUGAAAACUAGUGUCGUUUUUUCCUACAGUAAAUUUAGUCAGACCCUUUCCAACCGGAGUACUAUAAGGAUUGAGAAAUGUGUACUGUGAAGAUGGCAUCCUCUUAUAAAAUUAAUUUAGAGAUGUGUUUAGAAGCGGUUAACAGUUUAAUUUCAACCAAGUGCCUAGAAUAUGAUUUCAAGUUAAAUUUUAAGAACAUGCAAGUAAUUUUGGAGCGUAUGGGAUUAGAUAAAACGAACUAUCCUAGUAUGAAGGUAAUCAAAAGCCUUCUAAUGAAACAUCGAAAAUCCGUAAAACGGUUUGCUCCUGAGAUUACUUUGCAGAAUUGUUGGGAUGCAGCGAAUGAUUUGAUCGCUAGAGAAGAGUUGGAUGAGCUAUUCGAAUUGAAUUCUAAGAAUCUGAAAGAAAUUCUUGUAGAAAUGGGAUUAAACGAAAAAUGCGCACCUAACUUAAAAAAAGUUAGGAAUAACUUCGCUUGUAAUCCAACAUAUAAGAAGUAUCGUGCAGAACGAAAGGUGAGAACCCUUAUAAUUGUUAUAAGCUUCCUGAAAUUAAUAAAACUAUUUUGAAAUUUUCAAUGUGAAAUCAUUUCCGCAGAAUAUUGAACAUUCAAUUGCCGCUGAAAGUCAUAACGUAAGUGUAAAAUAUCAAAUUGCUUUGAAAUAGUCACGCCAUACAGUAACUUCAAAUUUUUAUAGAUCGAUAAUUUCAAAGAAUGUUCUUUUGAGAAUGAAAGUGCCUGCUUGCCACAAGACUGCGUUGGAGUUCAUGAAGUAAGAUGACAUUUCUAUUUAUUAAUUCAUGUAUUAAUAGUUGUUAUUUAGCAGCUUUUAUUAAAUAAAACAGAUCAUAUGUCCGAAACAAACUCAUCUCCUUCACGUGUCGAAACAAGAACAUUAUCAUUUGUAUCAUUUGACACAAACGAUUUCGAGGAAUUGGCCGACUCUCAAAGUACUACUUUUGACGGCGUUGAUAAUACGGGAAAAGAUAACGAACAACCUCCAUUCGGAUUUUUAUUGAAAGGAACAGAUUUAUCGCGUGUCGAAAUAAAAUCAUUAUCCGUCGAGUUUCCUGCAAAAGUAUGUAAGAAAGGAAUGGAACUUAAUGCUCCAGAAAUUGAAUGUCGCAUUUUUGAAACAUCAGUAAGUCAAAUGCAAGAGAGAUCAACGAACGACAUGCAAGACUCGAUUGUUUCAUUUGAUACCAAUGAUCUUGAAGGAUCGACCAAAUCACAAGAUACUACUUAUAGCAGUGAUGUAGAUGUAACUGAACUUGUGUUCAAUACAACGGACUUUGAAAACCUACGAAAAGAGAUAAAAGAAAAAGGCAACAGUAACAGGAUCAAAUACAAUGUCAAGGUUGCGGAAUGUGGGGCAACUGCCACAAAAAGACUUUAUAGUGGUGCUUCAAUUUACGAGUGUUCUUUUUACAUCAACAAGAAGAACAUUGAAAUGUGUAAACAUUAUGAUCAACAUAAUAUAAUGCAAAGCAAAACCAAGGUUGGCGAUGCUAAAUAUAAGCAACAAAAGCAUAGAAGGCCUUUUAUAGUGGCCUUAGAAGAUUUGUUAAAAAUCAAAUAUGAAGAAUUCAAUAUCUAUUGUAUAAUCAAUAUAAAUUCUCAUAAUUGCAACAAAUCUGGCUGGCUAUUUUAUGGUGUCUGCGCUCACAAGACCUGCAGAUCUUAUCGUUUCAAAAUUGUUUCUGUUACGGAUGGUGAUAACAUAUAUAAAGUCGAUGUCUAUGUUAAUGUCGCUAUGACCCUGAUACACGGGGAAAACCUGAAAGCGGCAUAUUGCAAAGGAGUAAAAAGAAACAUAAAUAUGAAAAAACUGCAGCUCCAAAAACCACUUGAAUUACGAACUAAGUUGAUCAACGAAAAGAAAAAAAGGGAACCAUUCGAGAAGGUAGACAUUGUCAGCAAAAAUGUAUUGAAAAAAAUUAGCAGUGAAGCUAAAUCGAAGCUUAACAGGGAUAUUGAUGAUUUUCAAGAUUUGAUAAAAAUGUCUGAGGAUAACGGAUCUUAUAUCAAAAAUGUGUUUAGAAAGCCCUUUGGUGUAAUUUGUUUUAAUACAAAAAUGUUCAAAGAGCUGAGAAAAAACAAGACUUACAGUCCUAUUUUCUACAUGGAUGGUACUGGAUCGGUUGUACGAUAUUCAAAAGCUGAGAAGCGUGUUCAAAUAUAUGUUUUGGUCGCAUACAAUUACCGGUCAAAUUUUAGUGUACCCGUAACAACCUUUGUGACUGAAAGCCAAAAAACAGUAGACUUCCACAAUUGGUUGAAUAUAUUUCGUGCUUCGUACGAGUCAGGCAGCUCUAUGAAUAAAUUGAAUAAAAUAGCGAGAAUUGUUAGUGUUGAUUGGAGCUGGUCACUGAUUGGUGGAUUGAUACGGGCUCUUAAUAAUCAACACCAUACACUACCAGAGUAUAUCCGAGAUUGUUAUAAAGUUUGCAUAAGAGAACUCAAUCUCAAUUUCACUAUCAUUCAUUUAUGCUACAGUCAUUUCAUGAAUGUAGUUUCUAAGGACUUGAAAUCUGCUCCAAUCAACAUAAAACAUAAGUUCAUGGACUGUAUGCGAUUGGCUGUACGUGCUACAAACUUAGUGGACUUAAUCGAUCUGUUUAUCAUUAUGACAUGCAUUUUUGGAUCUGCAAAUGAGAACCGAAUGCUUGAGACAUCACUAAAAGAACUAGAUGCAAAAAUUAAUGAUAGAACAAGCUUCGAUUCAGAAAGCGCUGGUAAAUUUGAUUAUACUGGCAUCGGUGAACCAGAAAUUCUAAAAAAAGAUGAGGACAAAAUCUUCUUGGGAUCGCCUUUUUAUGCGUUGUUAAAAGAAACAUUUGAAACAACAUUAAAACAAAUAGAUGAUCUCAGCCAAGGAUCACAGAACCCACUGUAUUUCAAAGGAUUCUUGGAAGAUGUCGCCUUGAAAAAAUACAUGCCUGUGGUUUGUUUGUGGUCAAAUAUAAUAGUAUCUCAAAUUGACUCGAAUCCGGAUACUAUUUCAAACGCAAGGGUUGAAAGCUUCUUCCGAACAUUGAAACACAAUGUUAUGAAAGGUCAGCUCUACGAAAGAAUAACACAUUUUCUUCGAAAACUACAAUCGUAUAUUGAAUCUCUGUUCCACUUUUCCGACUUUGACAUUGAAGAUAUAUACGCUACUGAUAAAGGAAUAAGUAAUGCUAAAAAACGUCAAGAUGAUAGAAUCGCAGAAUAUGACAGAUUUGUCGGAAACGUAGAAGACAUAGAGGACGAAUGGCAUAGUCCAUACUUUCAAAAAGAUGCUUCAACCCACUUGUUCAAGAAGAAAAAGAAGCAGGAAACUAACAGCUUAAACACACAACUUGAACAAUCAACACAGAAGCACCCAGAUUCAAAGGAAAACAGUGAUAACAACAGAAAAAGAUCAUUAGAAGAAGAUUUAGAAACUACCUGUAAUCUGUCCUCUAUUCAUCAAUUCAUUGACAAAGGAUUUGAAUUUCCAGUUACCACCAAAUGGUAUUUCGGUGAGUUUCCUUCAGAAUAUGAGAGCAUAGGAGUAAGUAGUAUGAUUGUAAGCUCAGAAAUGCUUCAAACGCUCGAUGCACAUACAUAUAUGGAUGGAGAAACCUUAGAUGCGAUAAUUGCAGUGGCCAUAAAAGAAUGUGAGGUCGAAAGCGUAAAAUUGGUAUCAACUUACAUGUCGAGAAACUUGUUUGAUACAACUCAACUAAAAGAAGUAUUGGAUAGGAAACGAGAUUAUGUUUUACCAGUUCUAACCAAUACAUCGGGAGUAUGGGUGGUUCCUUUGAAUGUUAGAGCUGGGCAAGCACCCACCAAGCAAGUUGGAAGAGGGAACCAUUGGGUUCUCUUCAUUGCUGAUUUUAUGAAUAGAGAAACUUUUUAUUUAGAUCCUCUCGAAACAGCAUCCCCAUAUUUGAAGGACGUACAAGAAGAAUUUUUGAAGGCAGUAAGCUCUAUUCGGAGACUUAAAAAUCAACCAUUUGAUUCAACCAAUUGGCAAAGCGGCUCGAAAAAUAUUGCGCACGACAAGCAAAACGACGACUACAACUGUGGUGUAUAUGUAGCUAAAUAUGCACAAAACUUUCUUUUGAAGAAACCGUUGACCGGGCUAGGAAACAUGGAUUCUGAGAGGAAACAAAUCAAAAUAAAACUCCUAAAUACAGCAGUAAUAAAAAUUUGUUUAUACUGCAGCAGCUUGAAAUCACUAAUUUUGUCAUGUCAAUCAUGUGGACGGAGGUGUUGCAGUAGAUGCGCCCCAAAUAUGGUGCUAAAAAUUCCAUCUACAAAACAAUGUGAAAUAUGUUCGAAAAUUAAAAUGAUAUAAUUUUUAAGUCUCAUCAAUAAAUUUUUAUAUUACCUUUUAACUUGAAGUAUUUUUAUUUGUCCAGUUUGAGUCCUUUCAGAAACGAGAUAGAAUCCUGUCGUCUAAGUCAAAAAUGAAAAAAUUGUCAUUCCAUCGGCUACAAAAAAUAGUUGCCAUAAACCUCAACCAUUCGCGUGGAUUUUUUUUUAAAUUUUAAAUGGUUCCUAUGAUCAGAUAGGUCAAUUCCAACACUCCACCAUCUCAAAAUAUUUUCGGAGGAUAGUAUGCUUCUAAUUCAAAUGAUAAAAUUGA